CCUAAAGGCGUUCCGUAAAGCAAGUAAAAAAAAAAAAAGGAAAGGACAAUAAACAUAACCUCAACUGACAAUCGUAUUGCUAAAAUUAAAAUAGCUACAAAACUAUAAAUUACAAUAAGCCUUAUUAGUUGGACAUUGAUGUUAAAUUUUAUUGUGAAAAUACCAUACUGCUGUUCGAUACUAUCACUUUAUAAAAUAUGAAAUCCACCAAACGAACACAUGAGUUCAAAGCUCUGGAACUAAAAUUUAACGAUCAGUCUACUUCCCCACAUACAAUUUAUUUUAAAGAACACUCUGUAAGAGAUCACGAUAGUGACAAACCCUCUGGAAGAACGUUAUUUAUAAUUAACGUACCCCCGUACGCAAAUGAAGACGGACUGAAAAAUGCAUUUUCUGAAGCAGGAGUAAUAAUUUCUGUAAUUUUCAAUAUGAAACCCAUUUCAGUGACUCAAUCUAUUAAGUUCAUGAAAGAAACAUGCAAGCCAUCUUUUAAAAUAUGUUACCUGGUAUUCAAAAAAGUUUCUGAGCUAAAUAAAGCACUUGAGUUAAAAAAGUUGCACCCCUUGAAUUCCAAUGACCAAGAAGUUAAUAUAGGUAUGAAAAAAUGGAUACAGGAAUAUAACAAUUCAGUUGAACAGCCUAAACUUUUAAAAGAGAGAAUAGAAACAUUCAUGAAAGAACAUGAUAAAAAAAUAGAUUCAGAACAAAAACAGGAAAAGCAAUUAGAAAAAGAGGAUGACGAAGGAUGGGUAACAGUCACUAAGGGAGGAAAGGUCCAAAGCUUUGCCCGCACUGAUAAAGUUGAAAGCAAAAUCAUGGCUAAAGAGGAAUCAAAGAAGAAAAGGAAGGAAUUGAAAAACUUCUAUACCUUUCAAAUCAGAGAAUCCAAGAUGAAGCACAUUGUUUCACUUCGACAAAAGUUUGAAGAAGACAAAAAAAAGAUUGUACAAAUUAAACAAAGUCGUAGAUUUAAACCAUUUUAAUGAAAUAAUUACUUUGUACAUUAAAUAUUUGCUGCUUACAGAUUUAUAGAAUAUCUUAACUUAAUAAAAUGCUUGUAAGCAUUGUAUUUACAAA